GAGUUGUGAGAGGAGGGAAAGCAGGGUGACUUGGAGACCGCUUCUGUUUACACCACCGGGAGGGUGACUUCCGGGUUGAGGGCCUGGAGAGGCAGUCCCCAUGGCAACGGCCUUGCGAAGGGCCGCGUGAGCGGGCGCGCGCGGCGCCGGAAAUGACGCCCGAGGAGCGCGGCCCCCCGCGGCCCGUCUGAGGCGGCGUCUGAUUGGCCCGGCGCGGGCGGCGUCGCUGCGGCUGCGGCAGGAGCCCGAAGAGGCGACUUCCUUUCCCCGCUCCCCGGCUCGGGGCCCGCUCCCUCAAGCCCCGCGCCUCCCGAGAGCCGCCAAGAUGGCGUCCGCCCUGGAGCAGUUCGUCAACAGCGUCAGGCAGCUCUCGGCCCAAGGGCAAAUGACCCAGCUUUGUGAACUGAUCAACAAAAGUGGAGAACUGCUAGCAAAAAAUCUCUCUCACCUGGAUACGGUGCUUGGUGCCCUAGAUGUUCAAGAACACUCAUUAGGAGUUCUUGCUGUCUUGUUUGUGAAGUUUUCUAUGCCCAGCGUCCCUGACUUCGAAACGUUAUUCUCGCAGGUUCAGCUUUUUAUCAGCACUUGUAACGGGGAGCACAUUCGAUACGCAACGGACACUUUUGCUGGCCUGUGUCACCAGUUAACAAACGCCCUGGUGGAACGGAAGCAGCCCCUGCGAGGAAUUGGCAUUCUCAGGCAAGCCAUAGACAAGAUGCAGAUGAAUACCAACCAGCUGACCUCAAUACAUGCAGAUCUAUGCCAGCUCUGCUUGUUAGCAAAAUGCUUUAAACCUGCCCUCCCAUAUCUAGAUGUGGACAUGAUGGAUAUUUGUAAAGAGAACGGGGCAUACGAUGCAAAGCACUUUCUAUGUUACUACUACUAUGGUGGAAUGAUAUACACUGGGCUCAAGAACUUUGAAAGAGCGCUGUACUUCUAUGAGCAGGCUAUAACGACUCCCGCCAUGGCAGUCAGUCAUAUUAUGUUGGAAUCUUAUAAAAAGCAUAUCCUAGUUUCAUUGAUACUACUUGGCAAAGUGCAGCAACUGCCGAAGUAUACCUCCCAGAUAGUGGGCAGGUUCGUUAAGCCACUUAGCAAUGCCUACCAUGAAUUAGCGCAAGUGUAUGCAACCAAUAAGCCCUUGGAGCUGCGAAAUCUGGUGAGCAAGCAUAGUGAGACGUUCACCAGGGAUAGUAAUAUGGGUUUGGUGAAGCAAUGCUUGUCGUCUCUCUAUAAAAAGAACAUUCAGAGGCUAACUAAGACAUUUUUAACACUGUCGUUACAAGACAUGGCAAGUAGAGUGCAGCUAUCGGGGCCUCAGGAAGCAGAAAAGUAUGUCCUUCAUAUGAUAGAAGAUGGUGAAAUCUUUGCAAGUAUUAACCAGAAAGAUGGUAUGGUUUGUUUCCAUGAUAAUCCUGAGAAAUACAACAAUCCAGCUAUGCUUCACAACAUUGAUCAGGAGAUGCUGAAAUGUAUAGAGCUUGAUGAGAGACUGAAAGCCAUGGAUCAGGAGAUCACUGUGAAUCCUCAGUUUGUGCAGAAGAGUAUGGGCUCCCAGGAAGAUGAAUCAGGAAGCAAACCAUCCAGUUAUUCUUGAAAAUCACAAUUUGCUUGCGACUUUGAUGUAGAGCAACAAAAAAACAAAAAAGCUAAAGUGAACCACCUUUAGGAUCUGAGUGUUAAAAAAAAAUAAAAAAUCAGAAAGCAGAGAACUGACUGUUUCACCUGGACAUUGAGCAAAAUUAAAAUGAUGUCUUCUCAGUACUGUGUGAUUUCAAAAAUAUUCUCUGCAAAGAAAGGAAAAAUCUCAUUCUGUUGUGGAUUUAUCUUGAGGUUAACAUCGUUACUGCAUUAAAUAAUUUACUUUUUGUUUUA